AUGACAUCGACAGCAGAACAGAAGCCCAAGAAAGUAGCAAUCAUCGGCUCUGGAGCUGCUGGAUUGGGGGCUGCCUGGCUUCUCACCGAGCACUCGCCACAUACUGUUACUUUAUAUGAGGCAAACGACUACCUCGGUGGACAUACACACACCGUUGACUAUGUAGUUCCAUCCACCAAGGACUCUGAAAAACCGCUCACAGUUCCAGUAGACACUGGCUUCAUUGUCUUUAACCCGGUCACCUAUCCAAACUUGAUCCGUUUCUUUGAUCACAUGAACAUAAAGUACAUUCCUUCAGAGAUGAGUUUUGCCGUGUCACGUAAUAAAGGUGAAUUCGAGUGGUCAGGACGAAAUUUAUUGUCUGUAUUCGCGCAGCCACAGAACCUGUGGAGUUUGGAUAUGUGGAAAACUUUAUAUGAUGUGUUUCGAUUUAAUUUUCACGCGACGGAGCUGUUGGAGUUACCUGACGAUCACCCGGAAAAGAGUAUGAGUCUAGGUGAAUACCUGGACUUGCAUGAGUAUUCUCAUGCGUUUCGGGAUAAUUAUCUUUUGCCAAUGACCGCAUCCAUCUGGUCGACUCCCAUUGACAAAUGCUCGGCUAAUUUUCCCGCAUUAACGCUUAUACAGUUUAUGCAUAAUCAUUGCUUACUUCAAGUGUUGAAUCCUAUUCGGUGGCUUACUGUAAAAGAUGGAAGUCGAAAAUAUGUCGAAGCAAUCGCAUCAAAGAUGAGCGACAUACGCUUAUCAACUAAAGUACUUUCCGUUACGCGUGUCACAGAAUCAUCUUUAUCCGCCCCCAAAAUUGUUAUAGCGGAUAAUAAUGGCGGACACGAGAAAUAUGAUCAUGUAAUAUUUGCGACACAUGCCGAUCAGGCUCUAGCAAUUUUAGGGGAUUCGGCGACCACAGACGAAAAGAACAUUUUAGAAAGCUUUCAGUUUAGUAAGAAUCGUGCAUAUCUACAUAGUGAUUUGUCGUUAAUGCCUCAACGUCGUUUGACAUUCUCUUCUUGGAAUUAUAUUACUAAAUCCACAAACUCAUCUCGAAAUCCAAACCAAGUUUCUCUAACUUAUUCAAUGAAUAUCCUUCAAUCAAUCGACGAGUCAAAAUAUGGACCGGUUCUUGUAAGUCUCAAUCCAUUAUACGAGCCUGACCCAGCAAAAGUAUUUGGCAUAUGGGAAUACGAACAUCCAACCUUCACCUCAAAUGUAAUUUCUUCUCAACAAGCGCUUGCAUCCAUUCAAAAUUUGUCCCAUUUACAAACUACCUUUGCCGGCGCAUGGACGAAAUACGGGUUCCACGAGGAUGGAUUCGCUUCCGGUAUGAAAAUCGCCGCCGAAUUUCUCGGUGCAAAUCCUCCUUUUGAGAUCAAAGAUGCGACAUAUAUCCGCGGGAAAAAGCUUGAGCCGACAUUGAUAGGCAAGGCGCAAAGACGAGUGUGGCUUACCAUAGAAUGGGCAGUGUCGUUGAUUGUUUACUUGUACACGUAUGUGAUCAUGCUUUUGGAGGCCAUUACGGAACGAGUGCGGCAGUUACUCGAUGAUCUUGAACAACGUCAGAAAGACGAGUAG